AUGAAAGCAAGAGUCGCCCUCAAAUCGUGUAAUAAAACCCUCGAAGUUACAACGUCCUGCUCACCAUCGCUCCUUCCUCACUGUGCACCAUCGUCCCCAUCUGCCGCUUCUGCGUCUUCGUCGCCAUCUGCCUCUGCACCAUCGUCUUGCUCUGCUGCUGCGCCUUCUCCGCCACCGGCACUGUCGUUUGUGAUCGUUAAGGGAGUCGUCCUCAAAAUGAUGUCUAAACACGAAAUACCUUUCCAUAUUCAAGAGGAAAUCAUGAAAAGGCUUCCGGUGAAAUCACUGAUUCAGUUCAGAUGCGUAUCAAAAGAAUGGAAGUCUUUGAUUGAGAGCUCUGAGUUUAUUGCUGCUCACAGCCUCUGGUGCCACACUCAUCCGCAGCAUCUGCUUGUAUUGUAUGAAGAUCCGAAAGCAAGUACUGAAAUCAUCGUGUGCUGA